UCAAGCUCAGUUGCCAGUUUCAAAAUGGUGGCAAUGUUUUCGUCGGGAUUUGGGAGCGCGACAACAAGCUCGAACAUUUUGUUUACCUACGGUUUGUGCGCAGAGUGAAACGAAAUUUUGCUGAGCUACUCUGAUUUGGACAGCGCGGACCAUCUGCCGGUGUACUGAAGCUGCAGACAGAGCCAAGUGCCCACCGCUCUUAACGUACGAUGUUCGAGUAGCGCUGGGGCCUCGCAGCCCCGCGAUUGCGCUUAGGCUUAGCAGACGCUAAGUGGUCCGUGCACGGCUCACUUGAAAACAUCGUCGCAGCAGCCCACGAACGAGACGACAACGAAGAAGCGAAAAGUUUCUGGCACGAAGUGUCAGCCACCGACCGUCGCGCCUUCGUUGGGACGGCUGUGCUCGCAACAGUGGCGUACUUCCCGCUUCCGAGGUGCGACUUGCUCAGAACAUUGGUUCCCACCGUGAAUCUGCCGAGUGUUGUGAUGCCUUGAUACCGUUCCUCUCCGCGGCUACGAGAACUGAAGAUCAGUAGAUUACAGCAAGCAUCAUGUCGAUAAAUGAGUCGAACCUUGUGAAGAAGUUGACCUCUGUGACCAACACGCAGGACAGUGUGCAGACACUUUCGCUAUGGAUCAUCCAUCACCGAGCGCAUCACAGAAAGAUUGUGGACAUCUGGACGAAAGUUCUGAAGAAAUCUAAACCUGUUCAUCGGCUGACCAUGCUGUACUUGGCCAACGACGUGCUUCAAAAUGGCAAGCGGAAAGGAGUCCAGCAGUUUGUUGAAUCUUUUGGUGAUGUCCUUCCGGAGCAAACACCCCUGUUUCGGGACGAACGCAUUGCCAAGCAGGUGGACAGGGUGUUCAGCAUUUGGGCUGAGCGCUCUGUCUUUUCUUCAGACUUCAUAAAAGGCCUCAAGGAAAUGUUACAUGAAUCAAAGCACUCAGGCUCCCACCACCGCUCUGGUUCAAAACGCGAGUUAUCUACUGAUGAUGGUACCAAAUUGCCUAAGGAGCCCGAAAAAAAAGAAAGUGGCAAGCCCAAGAAUCCUGAGGUGGAAAAGAUUAUUCUGGAGUUCAAGCCAGAAAAAGCCAUUGAGAAGAUCAAGAAAAUAAAAAAGAUUGAGAUCGAGACAUCUACCAAGUUGACAAACCUGACCAGUCGCAAUAUGGAUGUGUCAAGCUCGGAAGUUCUGAGGAAGUUUAAAGCGGCGCACCUGUCUUUGCUGCGGACAGAUCGCAGUCACGGACAGCAGUUCCAGAAGGACUUUGACGAAGCAACCCGGUGCCUAGAGGAGUACAUUAAAGCGUUGGAGAAGGAGGUGUCAGAGCGUACUGAGCUGAUUAGCAUGCUGGAAGACGCCAAGGUGUACUAUGACAGCCAGAAUGGAGAGGCUCGAAUUGUGGCCUCGGCAUACAAGAACUUUGGCAACCGAGUGAAAGGACUGAAGAAGAAGCUAGAGGUUAAAACAAAGACGCUGCCAAGCCCAGUACCGUCACCUACUCCAGAUGCGCCUUCUCCAACCAACUCUGAUGAUGGCUUGCAAUUACCAGCAAUACAGGAGACAGGUUCAGCACCUGCUACAGAGGAGGCUCCACUGACGGACAAUGGUGCUGUCAUUGAUUCACCCUGCUCAGCGCCAUCGCCCGGUUCAGCACCAUCACCUGAGGGCUCACCUGUGGGACUGAGCCCCGUCGUCCCUGAAACUGGGGACUCUGGCACGACAAGCAAUGCCACUGGCAAUGCUGCAGCACUCAGCAGCUUCAUGUCCCAAAGUCCAACGGUACUCUCAUCGUGGCUAGAUGCUUUCAACCAAGAAUUCCAGGAGAACAAGGCUUCACCCACAGUAGUGAAUACGUCGGCCCUUGCUGCUGCUAUUCCAGCACAAAGCACACUUGAGAGCCGACUCUCAAAUCUGAUGCAAAGCAUGGGUCACAUACCUGGUGGGCUGUUCUCGUCUACAAGCUCUGCUAGCAACACACCCAAACAGGCCGACUCGCCUCCUUACUCAUCAGCAGUCUUUCGGCCUGCAGCUGCAGUGUCCGAGGUCCACAGUGGCAACACACCCCUGAAGGAUGAGAACAGUGGACAAGGGACGCCUGUGCUUGAUGAGAAUUCUGCGAGGAAGGCCGCAUCGCUCAUGGACUCUGACAUGCGGGUUCAUGCGAUUAAGCCCACCACACCACAAGAUUCUCCAGAUGCAAGGAUAAGCACUGCCUUUGGGUCCAGGAUACCAAGUCUUGCAAGUCCAAAUGCCUGGAUGCAGGUGUCACCGAAAGCAGGCAGCAGCAACGCAGCAGCGUCACAGAGCACACCUGCACUAGCACCUCCGCCGAUCCCACCUGCCCUGCAGGCCUACCUGGAGCCAAUCAAAACUGUGACGGGGGCAGCUCACAGAAGUGUUGCAGCAGCUCCGAAGGGAAGGUCAGAGACACCACCAUCGCCGUCUGCAGACUACCUUAUUCCAGUCGCCGAAAACUUUGACGUGACAGACAUGGAACUCGAUGAUGACGGCUCUGGUGACGAUGAGCAUGCAGAAGGCCUGCACCGCAAAAAACUGAGCAAUCUCAUCACCCUAGUCCAACCACAGGUGAGCCCUGCUGCCGAAACUACUUCACCUGGCCCCACACGCAUUGAGAGAAAUGAAGACUCUAGACCACAGCUGGAUACAUCUGCCCAGCCUGCAGUUAUGACAUCGUCCACAUCAAAACUUACUCCCUCAUUGGCUAGUCAAGGUGACACAAGGCAUAUGCGCAAUCCUUCCCCCGAUCUCAUAAAGCAAGACCUUGUCCUGGAUUUUCCUGCGCAAGAUACGCCAUCAGAGCCUCACCGGCGUGAAUCAACUGACUUUACCACAAGGGAGUCAUCCGAGUUUAGUCUUCUUGACUCGCUUGAUUUUGACACCCGAAAAUCUACAAUUGAUUUUGACACUCGAAAAUCUACACUUGAUUUUGACGCCCGAAAAUCUACGGUUGAUUUUGACACCCGAAAAUCUACACUUGAUUUUGACGCCCGAAAAUCUACAGUUGAUUUUGACACCCGAAAAUCUACACUUGAUUUUGACACCCGAAAAUCUACACUUGAUUUUGACUCCCGAAAAUCUACACUUGAUUUUGAUGCCCGAAAAUCUACAGUUGAUUUUGACACCCGAAAAUCUACAGUUGAUUUUGACUCCCGAAAAUCUACAGAGUUUCGCCUCCAUGAGUCCUCUGAUUACACAACAAGAGAACGCUCCGAAUUUCGAGUGCGCGAGUCGUCAUCAUCGUCAGAAUUUCGAGUGCGAGAGUCACCGUCAUCAGAGUACAGGAUAAAUGAACCACCAUCGUCAGAAUUUCGCAUCCAGGAUUCGUCUUCCGAGUUCCGGAUUCAAGAUUCUCCAUCUUCAUCAGAAUUUCAAGUGCAUGACUCCUUUUCCUCAGACUUCCAUGCAACACCUGCAAAGAUUGAGACUGUCCAAAUGCGCUCUUCGCUGGACCGGUCACCAACCGCGGGGCCCAUGGAAGAGCGGGGCAUGUGGGAGCGGGGUGAUUACUACUCUCCUCGGACGCCACAUCAUCAGCCGCAGCAGCAGCAGCAACAAGCCAUGAGCAAUGGUGGCAACCGCAUGCGUGGCAGAGGCAGUGGUUACUAUGGCUAUGAAAUGCGUGGCAGACCGGUGGACCGUUUUCACGAAGGCUACGGUGCCUAUGAGUCUGAGUGGCGUGGAGGCAGGCCCCCUAGCCCACGAUAUCGGCACUACGGUGGGCAGGCACGUGGUGCGCCCUAUUUCCAGCCAAGAUACUGAGCAGGACAUGGCGUGUGACGCUCUGAACACUGUCGUUGUUUUUCUUUGGUUUGGUGUACAUAGCACAUAGAAAGUGAGCAGGUCAGUCCUGCAAUCGUCGAGCCUGUGGCAUCAUUGUCUAGUCCCUCGAGUUUCACCGAGGGAUGCGUUUGGAGCAAGCUGCAGAGACCAUAUGCGGCACACAGCUGUUUCAUAGAGAAAGGGAAAGACUUUGGCAUGAGUACACAUUUGACACACGAAGUGCUUCAUGCCCACAUCGAAGUUUGCAGCAUGUAAAUGAAGAUUGUCACGAGCUGAUUCGUCUGGCACUGGGGUGUCUUCUUUUCAUCAGCACACCUAUGCUUAUUUCACAGCACGAUGUGUGAGUUACAAAGGAUGCAUUCAUUUUCAGCAACACAUUGUUGAGACGAGACGUAGCUUUUGGCUCACCAUCUGCUGCCACAUUCAUCACCACCGUCAUGUCAUACUUGUGCAAUUCAGUUGCAUACAGAGUACAAUUCUGAAAGGUAACCGAGGCAUGCACUUUGUGUCCGGAUGAGAAUACAGUUUUCUUUCCAGUUUC